AUAAGUUAAUCGAUGUGCACCAUCCCUGGUUAGAAGUCUAGUGGAUCACCGAAUUGUUUACAAACUCUUGAUUUGCUUUAAUAAUGGGUACACCUCGUAAAAGUUUUAACUACUACGCGCCUUACUCGCAAAAUGUGCGGCAAUACCCAUCGCAAAAUACGGAGUACAUGUCCCAGCACAACGGCGGCCAGCAAACGCCACAAAGAUUCAAUCAAAAUACGCCGCACUUUUACCAAAAUCGAACGCCGCAACAACAAAAUAUGAACUUCUAUGAGGACAGACGAGGUUCCAAUACAAACACGCCUCACUUCUACCAGAACAAAACACCUCACCAACAACAAGGAACACCUCGGAAUUUUGGUCAUCGCGGCAGCAGGCGUGGACAGCAUCAAAACCAAAGACAAUUUAAUGACAGAGGAAAUGCAAAUGCAUCCUCCCAGUACUUUCACAGCUCCAUGCUAGAGGACCCGUGGCAGGAAUUAGUUGAACGCCACAAUGCAAUACACGGCAGCAUCUUAAGUGACCAGCAGAGUAGAGAUAAAGCAUUAGAUGAAUAGUUUAAGCU